ACCAUGCCCUGCGGCUUUCUCCCGCAGGGCUUCGCGGAGUCUCCUCACCUGGGGCCCGUGCUCUUCCUGCUGCUGCUGGCCGUGCACCUGGCUACCCUGAGUGGGAACCUGCUCAUCCUGGUGGCCGCGGCCUCAGUGCCCAGCCGGCCGCCCAUGCUACUCUUCCUGUGCCAGCUGUCAGCCAUCGAGCUCUGCUACAUGCUGGCGGUGGUGCCCCGCUCCCUGGCCCACCUGGCCUCGCCAGGCCGCGGCCGAGGCAGUCCCAUCUCCUUCCUGGGCUGCGCCGUUCAGAUGCAGAUGUUCGUGGCUCUGGGCGGGGCCGAGUGCUUCCUGCUGGCCGCUGUGGCCUGUGACCGCUACGUGGCCAUCUGCCACCCGCUGCGCUACGCGGCUGUGGCGACACCUGGGCUGUGCACGCGGCUGGCCCUGGCCUGCUCCUGCCUCGGGGGACUGGCGGUGUCCGUGGGGCUCACGGUGGCCGUCUUCAACCUGCCUUUCUGCGGCUCCCACCUGCUAGUGCAUUUCUUCGGCGACAUCACAGCGCUGCUGCACCUGGCCUGCACGCAGAGCUACGCGGAGGAGCUGCGUCUGCUGGGCGCCAACCUGGUGCUGCUGCUGCGGCCCUCGGUGCUCAUCCUGGCCUUCCAUGGCGCCAUCGCCGCCGCCCUGAGCCGCCUGCGCUCCCCACGCGGCAGGCGCAAGGCCGCCUCCACCUGCGCCUCGCACCUGGCCGUCACCUUCCUCCCCUAUGGCUGCUCCACCUUCACGUACGUGCGGCCCGAGGCCAGCUAGUCCCCACGGCAGGAUCGCACGCUGGCGCUGGUCUACACCAACGUCACGCCGCUGCUCUACCCGCUCAUCUACAGCCUGCGCAACCGCAAAAUCACCGCCGCCCUCCGCAGGGUGCUGGGCCCCAGGGCAGGGUCCGUGUGA